GGUGACGUCAUGUAGUCGGGGUUGGGAAACAUGGAGCGGGGAGAGACGUGCACUGCACCGAUCCACAACAUCUCGGACUGAGAGCCUGCUCGGCGAAAAACACCAGCUCUCCUCCAUUAUAGCGUGACAGAUUGGGGUGGUGGGGAAGGCCAAGUCCUCCAACUUGAUCAGGCCAGACACCCCACACGCCUCCCCCAACCCCACCCAUGGAGAAACAAGGUGCCGUGAGUGCGCUGGGCAAGGUCAGCGGCCUGAAACCGCCGAGUAAAAUAGUCCGUCCAUCAGUUGUGCCACCAAGGACAUCGCCAUCCUCUGGUACUGCAAAGCCAGUUCCUCCCGAGAAGUCCCCUGGCAGUGUGACCUCCCCAACCCAGGAUGGAAGUACUGACUUUCAGAUCGGGGAGAAGGUCUGGGUCAACGGCAACAAGCCCGGCUAUGUGCAGUUCAUUGGCAGCACGCAGUUCGCUCCAGGACAGUGGGCGGGCAUCGUGCUUGAUGAGCCAAUAGGAAAGAACGACGGGUCGGUUACAGGGGUGCGGUACUUCCAGUGUGAGGAUGGGAGGGGGAUAUUCACACGGCCAUCAAAGCUUUCCAGGACUCCACUGCCAGAAAAGGAGGCAAACGGGGGUCAGGCCAAUCCCACACAAGAAACCGCUGCGACAAGCGAGCCUACACCUGCUGUCACUGCCUCACCAGCUCCGGGCUCUGGAAUAAAGACAAGUGGCGUUCUGAACUGCAUGCUCACACCCGGUGAGUCGGUGUCAAACCUCUCAGACCCAGACUCUGUGACGAAGAACAAAAGGGAGCUGAGGCUGGGAGACCGUGUGCUGGUGGGUGGUACCAAGGCAGGAGUCGUGCGAUUUCUGGGAGAGACUGAGUUUGCUAAGGGAGACUGGUGUGGAGUGGAACUAGAUGAACCACUUGGCAAGAAUGAUGGCGCUGUAGCAGGGGCCAGGUAUUUUCAGUGCAUGCCGAGGUUUGGCCUGUUCGCUCCUGUCCAUAAGGUGACACGUAUUGGCUUCCCCUCCACAACACCUUCUAAGGCAAAGAGCUCACACAGGAGGUCCGCUCUCCUCAAGAGGAGCCCCAGUGCUUCCUCCAUCAGCUCACUCAGCUCCGCCACCUCAUCAAUAAGUGGAAAACCCAGUCGAGCAGGACUGCUGACAGAAACGUCUGCUCGGUACGCUCGUAAGAUCUCGGGCACCACAGCGCUGCAGGAGGCUCUGAAGGAGAAGCAGCAACACAUUGAACAGCUGUUGGCAGAGAGAGCCCUGGAGAGAUGUGAGGUCGCCAAGGCAACCAGCCACGCAGGAGAGGUGCAGCAGGAGCUUUCUCUGCUGAGGAAAGGACAGGAUCAGUAUGCCGUGGAGAUGGAAGCAAAGCUCGAUCAGCUACGUUCGCUGGUGGAAGCAGCAGAUCGAGACAAAGUGGAGCUUCUUAACCAGCUGGAGGAGGAGAAAAGAAAAGCGGAGGAUCUGCAGUUUCGCAUGGAAGAGGUUUGCAUCACCAAAGGAGAUCUUGAGACGCAGACCAGGCUGGAGCAUGCCCACAUAAAGGAGCUUGAGCAGAGCCUGCUCUUUGAAAAGACCAAAGCUGAAAAACUCCAGAGGGACUUAGAGGACACUAGGGUGGCCACUGUGUCUGAGCGCUCCAGGAUCAUGGAGCUGGAGAGGGAGGUGGCAGAUCUGCAGCUCAGGCUCCGGGCGUCCCAGCAGAAGGAGGACGCUGUGUCUCUGUCCCAGCAACAGAUUAACAGCCUCAAGGCCCAGGCACAGUCUCAAGAGAAAAAGGUCAGUGAGCUGAGUGUCGACCUGGAGAGCAAACAGAAGGAGCUUCAGUCUCUAGAGCAAGAAAAGAGUUCUCUGGAGCAACAGAUGAACAGCCUGAGACAAAAGCUGGAGACUGCCGAGGAGGAGAGCGGGAAGACGGCAAAAACCAUGCAAAAACUGGAGCAGAGUGUGGAGCAGUCACAGAAAGACUAUCAGACCCAGAAAGAGGAGAGUCUGUGCAAAGAGAAGGAGCUGAAGACUCAGCUAACAAAGGUCACUGAGAAGUUGGAGAGGACAGCUCUGUCACUGGAGCAGCUGUCCAGUGAGAAUAAGAAGCUGGGUACAGAGCUCGAGGCUUUAAAACAACACAACUCCAAAUACCAGGAGGAACUCAGUCUGUCGAAGGAGCGGAGCAGCUCGGAAAACCAGCGCAUUGGAAUCCUCUGCAAGGAAAUUGAGGAGCUGAAGCUGGCCUCCCAGAAGUCGCAGCAUCUCGAGGAGCACAAUGAUGAUCACAACAAUCAACAGCCAGGCAUGGCCACCAGAGAAACCAUUUCUAAUCAGGAAACACAGGAAGAGAUCCAUCACCAGAAAUCCACUGGAGCCUUAAUCUCAGACAAAGAUCGGGAACUGGAAACUCUGAGGAAUGAGAUCGCAGUUCUGCGAGGAGAAAACGCCAUGGCUAAGACCCUGCAGUCGACCAUGGAGGCUUUGGAAAGAGACAAAGCUCAGCUGCAGAGCCGCGUUCACAGUCUGGAGCAAAGGCUCAAGGGAACGAAGGCAUCAGAGGAGGAAGACAGCGGAGCGCCACUGUCAGGACAUGCAGCUCUGGAGCAGCUGAGGGAAGAGAAGGAGUUUGCUGAGGGACAGAUCAACUUCCUGAACAGUGUGAUUGUGGACCUGCAGCGCAAGAACGAGGAGCUGAAGAUCAAACUGAAGAAGCUCGCGCUGGCUGAGUUCAACGGCAACGAAGGGACUGAUGGUUUCGACGAAGGCGUGUCAAAGCAGGAGAAGAAGGCGACGCCCCGCCUCUUCUGCGACAUCUGCGACUGCUUCGACCUCCACGAUACCGAGGACUGUCCCACUCAGGCCCAGAGCCCCGACUCCGUCCCCCACAGCACCUACCAUGGCAAGGCAUCAGACAAGAGGCCCUACUGUGACAUCUGCGAGGCCUUCGGUCACGCCACGGAGUCCUGCAAUGACGACCAGACCUUCUAGAGGCAGCAGAAUCUCUCUCUCCCUCUCUCUCUCUCUCUCUCUCUGUCUCCCCCACUGCAUUCUAACCCCUUCAUCUUACACUCCAGCGUUUCUUUCCCACAGUCCAGCCCAACAUGGCAGCACAGUUCUCCAUAGUGUAUUUUUAUACUUGUAUUUAUGCACAGCACUAGUAACCACUGGUCUUUACUCCGCAGCUCUUUUCACCCAGAGAGAAUAAAACUCUUCUGUGACGCAGGCUGCUCGUCAAAAUACGCUGCUUCGGUGCAAUAUUGUUUCAUGUUUUUGACAAAAGGCGUUCGUCUUCUGCACUCGUCCUCUCUAAGAGGUUGUUUUUUUUUGUUUUUUUAUAUUUUGAUGUCUUUUAAGGCUUUAUAAGCAAAUAUUAGCAAAAAGCACAGUUUUGACUGAAGGUGAUUUGACUUUACACCGCCGUUCUCAGAGAGUGACACUGCCACGUCAAACAUUUUAUUCACGUUUUAUUCUUUGUGAUAUUUAUAAAGCCACGUCUUGAAGGCCACUUACAAGAAAGAAAUGAUGGAAAAAAGAGAAAGUAAUGUUUUAAAGAGUCAAAGAGUCAAACGUUUGAUCAAAAGAGAAAGUUUUAAUAUUUCAAGCCAGCAAUUUGGAAUAUUUG